AUGCGAGCAGUUGUGUAUUUUGCACCCAAAAAUGUUCAAUUCAAGGACAAUUACCCCGAACCAACAAUAAAAUCGGGUACAGAUGUCAAACUCAAGGUCCAUUAUUGCGGAAUUUGUGGUUCUGAUUUACACGAGUACCAGAGUGGACCAACUUUUUUUGCCAAAGAGGGCCAAAAUCAUGCUAUUUCCAACAAGGCGUACCCGCACGUUAUGGGACACGAGAUGAGUGCCGAAAUUGUAGAAAUUGGAAGCGAUGUGAAGAACUUUAAGGUAGGAGACAGUGUGGUUGUUGAAGUGACAGGCACCUGUUUGGAUCGGGAUCGAUUUGAAGAUUCGCCCACUGCUGGCGAGGAGAAGUGUGCAGCUUGUAAGGAUGGCCAUUACAACAUGUGCAAGUAUUUGGGACUCACAGGAUUGGGAUUUUCUGACGGAGGAUUCGCUGAGUAUGUGGUGACCAAUUCGAGCAAAUUGGUCAAGUUUGAUAACAAAAAGAUUCCAUAUGAUGUUGCUGCGUUGAUUCAGCCUUUAGCCGUGUCGUGGCAUGCUGUCAGAACCUCUAACUUUAAAGAAGGUAGUUCUGCUUUGGUUUUAGGAGGAGGACCAAUAGGAUUGACAACCAUAAUUGCAUUGAAAGGACAUGGAGCUGGUAAGAUUGUAGUGAGUGAGCCUUCUGCUGGAAGAAGAGCCAUUGCAGAAAAGUUGGGUGUGGAAACUUUUGAUCCAUUGAGUAUGCCACACGAAGAAACCAUGGAAAAGCUCAAAUUGUUGUCUCCCGACAAGCAGGGUUUUCAUUACUCGUACGACUGUGCUGGCACGCAGUCUACCUUUGACGGUAGCAUCCGGCUGUUGCGAGUGCGAGGAGUGGCCACAAACGUUGCGGUUUGGGCUCACAAGCCAAUCAACUACUUCCCCAUGAUUGCAACAUGGUCGGAAAUCUGGCUCAGAGGCUCGAUUUGCUUUGUCAAACAAGACUUUGAAGAAGUUGCACGGGCGCUUGAAGAGGGCCGUAUUGAGCUCAAAGACUUGGAAAUGCUCAUCACCGCAAAAAUCAGCUUGGAACGAGCUGUAACGGACGGAUUUGAUGAGCUAUUGCGUGACAAGGAGAAACAUAUAAAGAUGUUGUUUUCCCCAUUGGAACAGUUCAAGGACAAGGACACCUCAUAA